AUGCAGAACUGACUCGAGAUCUCACUGUUUCACACUCUCACCGCUUCAUCAUCUUUAUCACUACAAAGACAAAUAGCUAUGAACAGAAUCAUAUCAUCACAAAGAUCAGACUUGAUCGAACACAAACUCUCACAACACACUUCUUUCUUCGGCAUCAAGCUAUGGAUCCUCAUCACAGCUUCCGCCUCCAUAGCUUUCCUCUUAGCAUUCAUUGUCUUUGUCUCCUUAUGUUUCAUCUUUCACAGGAGAAGAUGUAGACAAGAGCCAUUCAGACUAAGAUCAAAGCUUUGUCUGCCGUUGUCACACAUUCCCUUAAACAGUGACAGACGAUAUAAUCCUUACAACCGUUGCCCCGAGUAUAUAGAGAGCGGGAGAAUCUCCUCUCAGGUUGGAUGGUCAUCUGCUCAUCUUCCCUACUACACUAGAAGCUUCUCCUCUACCAGCAGCAGCUUUGGAAGCUUCACCGUGUUUACGUUCAUGGAGAUUGAGAGUAUUACAGAUGGUUUUGCAGACGAGAAUCUGAUUGCUAAAGGAGAUACUUCAAUGGUGUAUCGUGGAGUCUUGAUGGGUACAGUCAAUGUUGCUGUCAAACGGUUCUUCCCCAUCUAUCAAAGGUAUGACGAUAACGACUUCAUAACAAGAGCUGAGAUGAUUGCAAACGUUAGACAUAAGAAUGUUGUGAGACUACUCGGAUACUGCAUUGAAGGAGACGAGAGGGCUCUCGUGUACGAGUAUUUAGAGAAAGGAGAUUUGCACGAAUGGAUUCAUGGAUCUUCAGGGAGAAACCAACCUCUGACAUGGAGUAAGAGGAUGAAGAUCAUUCAAGGAGUAGCAAAAGGACUGGCGUAUUUUCAUGAAGACCUUGAACCAAGGAUCACUCAUCAAUACAUAAGACCGAGCGAAAUUCUUAUUGAUUAUCAAUGGAACCCUAAGAUAAUACUAGAUAUCCCAACUCAUAAUGAUAGUCCAAUGAACCCAACAUUUGUUCCUUCACCUAAUAAUCUGGAUGAGAAAAUCGACGUUCAUUGCUUCGGGACUUUGAUAAUGGAGCUUGUCUCCGGGAGAGUCUGUGUAGACCAAAGCUCACCACAUGUAAGCGUGUAUCUGGUGGACUGGAUCAAAGAGAUGGUGGUGAAUCAUAUGAUAGUAGAUGUUCUUGAUCCUAGCCUCCCCGAGUUUCCAACAUUAAAAGAACUCAAACGGAUUGUCUUGAUCGCCUUGCGCUGUGUUGAUCCAGAAAUAGAACAGAGACCUAAAAUGGGAGAUGUGAUUCACAUGCUCCAGCCGCAUGACUUGCUACUGAAUAGUAAUGCAAUACGUAAGCCUCAGAAGGUUACCAGGUCACGCGAGGUCUCUAGAAUCAGUAUCAUCGGAACAUGAAUCCCAAGCCAACAAUAAUUGAUUACUAGUUUUGGAGUUACCAUGCCAUAUGGAAGCGUUUAAACGACAGUCGCCUGAGACGUGUGCCAAUAAAAUGCAUUGGUCUGCUUUUCAACCUCCUUCUUUGGCAUCAUAUCUGAUCAUGCAACUGCCCAUAUAUGUCUUUCUUUAUCACUUAUCUCCAUGGUUUUGGACUAAACUUCCUUUGUUCUAUUCUACUUCCAGUUCACAUUUUGAGACACAAUUAAUUGCAUCUUUGACCAAAAAAAAUUAACUAAUUGCAUCUAACACAACAAAUACAGAACAAAGAGAACUUCACAAACACUCAGCAAAACCACAGAAACUAAAGCAAAUACAUAAAUAAAAAACAAUCAAAUCAAAUCAUAAUUAAAAAAAGAAACUCAUACACACACUAAACACUCAAUUAUACUCCAUUUUUCUCUGUUUGAUUGUUGUAAAAUAUUUUCUAUUGCGACAUGAUAUUUUAUUAAAGAACA